AUUUCCUUCUGAUGAGGCAACUGGCAACAAUUUAUGAAUUUACAAAUUAUACUCUUUGAUUUACAACAAAAUGUCAAAACCCGAACUCGACAGUGAUGGUUUUCAGAAAGUAAAAUCAAAACGAAUUUCGAAGAAUAAGCCUACAAAAAUACCAAGGAGGGAUAUAGAAUUUGAUAAACUAGACCUAGAUAUAGACGUCGACAAGACCAUUCGACGGAUUUACUGCGCUGUAGACGAUUUGCGGCUUUCUAGCUACCUAGAGGACGUUAUAAAAUCCGUGAGUAGCAUAUUAAAGGACAGACAAAUUGUAGAAAUAGUUUGUUUAGGCCUUGGACACAUAGGAGAAUGUAAUAUUUCAAAACAUCAAUUAGCUCUCUUGCUGUGUCUAAGGGAUCAUUGUAAGCCUUCGAAAGUAUUAGUACAUGACCCUAUUUUUUAUAAAAAGGAGUGUGAAGUCUUAAAAAAGUUAGGCUUAGAAGUUGUUUUAGAAAAUAAGGAAGGUGGUUAUGUAAUAUCUGAUGAAGGACCUACUCUUGUUUAUUUACCUCAUUGCCCAAAGCAAUUGACUAAUAAUUUCCUUUGGAGUAACUGGGGUAUUAAUUUAGAAAACUGUGUACUUGUGUGUAACAGUUUUCAUUCACUAAUUGACAAUCAACCGAGUAGGAUACUGUCUGAAACUGUCCCAUACAUAGUUAAAAUAUUUCCACACACUUCUGAAGUGACGUUAACAAAUAAUUUCAAAUUCACUGACAUUUUUAAUGAUACUUCUAUUCAUUAUUUUACUAAAGAAAAUCUAGAACAAAUUGAAUCAGAUUUUUGGGUCAAAGGCGACAAACCAACAUACGAAAAUACCGAAGAAUUCAUAACAUCUCUCAUGGUAAAGCAGCUGAACAUUUAAUUUGUUUGAAGGUAUAAAAAUGGCAUCAAUUUCUACAAAGCCUGCUCUUGUAACACUACGGCAAUUGUUGUCAGAGUUACGUAAACAAGGCUCGU